CUCAACUCAGUUACUUCAAACAUCAUCUCCCCCUUUGCCGUGACAGAUCAAGAUUAAUGCUCGCAAUCUGAACACGAUGGCUGAAGACGCUAAUUCCGAUGGCAAAGGCAGCUUAUGCAGCGUCUGCCGAAACCCAGGAGCAAGUCGUUGUGCGGGUUGUUGUGGGGCGCCGGCCUACGAUGACGGACCCGCCAUACGCACGUUCUAUUGCGGUCGCGCCUGCCAGCGAUCUGACUGGAAUCGGCACAGAACAGAGUGCAAAGUCAUGCAAGCUCGUAAGUCACUUUCACGCGCCGCAGCCCUACUCGAAGCGCUUUUGGUCCGUAUCCGUAAAGCUGCGUACCCGUUCGCUAUCACGUCAAUCGAGCGAGAGGCAAGGACGAUCAUGCUAGUUAGCUCGAACGAUGAACAACUGCAUGAGUCAAAAUUGACACCUCUCCCAACGGACCUUGCGAGCUUGCAAGACCAUCCGGAGCUUGUGAAACCUAUCUGCUUACACGCAAGCGGUGUGGAAGCCAUGAUAUACUUCUGCAACGUCAUCAAAGACAUGCUUCCUGACACUUGUAUCACGGAAGUCGAACUCAUACCAGCAAAUUUGAAUAUCCAGAUUUCUCGCGGUCUAGGUACGGCUUGCGACGAAAGCAAUGUGCACCUGGUUCACAAAGUCUCACUCGGGUCCAGAGAGCUGUGGGCAAUGGAUGUGGCCGGCGCCCAGCACGGGCACUCUGAUUCGCUAAUGCCUUGGUCAUCCUUUGUCAAGGGACGUUGCACAACGAUCAACGGGGAGUGGAGCUUGGGCUUCUGUCGCAAUCGACCCGCCCGGGAAUCGCUGCCCUGGCUGUCGCCCGCUGUGUCGACGCAAGUGUUGGCCCUAGCUGAUGCGCUCGACCAAGGAAUACCACAGCUAGUGACGGGACAUGACGGAAGCCUGCGAGCCUUGCUCGAAGGACAAGGCAGCACUUAUCAAUCCGCAGCGCAGCGGUUUCUAGGUGACCUUGAGGCGCGCCUUCCGGGUAUCCUCGCAAGCCUAUUCACAACGUCAAGGCCAUAUCGCAUCAAAGCUGUUGCCGGGAAGGGUAAGGGUAUGUUCGCCACCCGCCGCAUCGCCAGGGGCACCCGCCUGCUUGCGGAGUCUCCAAUUUUCCGAGUUCCAAGAGACGAGUCAAACUUACAAAAACUGGAGGCCGCCAUAGCUCGGAGCGUGGGACUUCUGAGCCAGGUACAGCGCGAAAGCUUCUUUGCCCUGCAUAAUUGCCACGGAACCCGCCACAGCCAGGCGCUAGGAAUCGCGAGAACAAACGCGCUACCGCUAGGCUCGGGCGCAUCUGUAGGCGGUAUCUUUCUAGAGGCGUCUCGGAUAAAUCAUUCCUGCAGACACAACGCCCAAAAUACCUGGAACGACAGUCUAGGCCAAGUCACAAUCCACGUGCUUAGGGAAGUUGACGAUGGCGAAGAGAUCACGAUAUCCUACCUUGGCGCAUCGGAAAACUACGCUGCGAGGCAAUCGCGUUUGCACAAGUCUUUUGGAUUCGUCUGCGCCUGCGAACUGUGUACACUUCCAGCGCCACAACGAACGCAAAGCGAUCGCCGUCUCGACAAGAUCACGUACCUUGACGGCCAGAUCGGAGAUGGCAUACAUAUUAAAUCGACUCCCCUCGCAUGCUUUCGGAUGGCGCACGAGAUGAAGCUCAUCAUGGAGGAGGAGGGCAUUGCCGACGCAAGAAUCCCGCGACUCUAUUAUGAUGCAUUCCAGAUCGUAAUUGCCAAUGGCGACGAAGCAAGAGCGAGUGUUUUCGCCGAGCGCGCUUCUGUUGAGAGGCUCAUCAUGGAGGGCAGCGACAGCGCGGUAGUGCACAGGUUAAACAAGUACGCUGUGGAUCCAUCAAGCCACGUCCUGCACGGUAUGUCGAAGCAAUGGCGACAGGGUGUCAAUAAAAUACCGCAAGAUUUGAAUGAGCAAGGUUUCGAAAAGUGGCUUUGGAGAUUGCCGACUUGAUGCGUCAGAUUCGGAAAGGAUGCCGGCUUCAUCAGGCGAUCACAUUUAAAGCACUACUACGGAUACUGGCUAGAGGUUGAGCUGCUGCUGCGCAUUGUCGACAACGUUGUUACCCCGCUGGUGCCCCGUCGGUGUAUUAUUAACG